GUGCAGGAAAGCAAUUUAUUCCAAAAUGUUGCAGUUUUUCCUGAUUCUUUCUGCAGUUUAUUCCAUGGGCAUGGCAGCACCUUUACCGGAUCUUUUCUCUUACUCACCUGCUGUUGGGGACGGCAGUGGGACUGAAUUUUCCACUGCCAGUGAGGGUCGCAUCACUGGUAUCAGAGUCUGGGAAAACAAUUACUACUACUAUAUCUCUGGGUUCCAGCUGAAGUACGAGAGUAACUGGACAGCAUCGGUUGGUGCAAAUAGUGGCAAUCAGAUGGAAAUGAUACUCAAUGACAAAGAAGCAAUUAUUCAGGUCUCUGGAAAAUAUUACUCUGGCUACAUCUAUGAGCUUGUGUUUAUCACUAAUCAGUGGCGCUUUUUAAAAGUGGGACAGUGUAGUGGGCUCUCAUUUAACUUCUAUCCAACACAGAAAGGAAAUGAGCUGCGUUUUCUCAGCGGUCGACAGAAUGGAAGUGGCAUCACCUCUAUUGGGGCUCACUGGGCCACAAUACGUACUGCACCUGGGAAAGCCUGAAACUGAUUU